UUCGAACGGAGGCAGCCAUCGCCUCAGAGAGUAAUCUGUUUACGUCAUCAUGAGGCGCCUGCGCGCUUCUGUCACUUCCUCUCUGUCCUAGGAGCGUGGUAAAAAUGGCGGAGCCAAACUCUGUCCCGAGUGAUCUUUAUAAAUGCGUUUAUUCGUUCCUGCUGGAGAACAAGUUCACCAAGGCGGCUCAGCAGUUCCUCAAGCAGACUAAAGUUAUUCCACAAGAUCAAAAUGAAGAAAGUCUGGUCAGCAUCUACAACUUCUGGGUGAAGUCUCCUGAGGCCAGGAAACGGAAAGCAGCUUCAGCAUCAGUUAAUGGACCUUCAGCCAAGAAGGCCAGGCCCAGCGCAGAAAGCUCCAGCAGUGAGGACUCGAGUGACUCCGAGGAGGAGAAGAAAACUCCUGCAAAGACUGCUCUUAAGGCUGCGCCUGCUGCUGCAGCGGGUAGCAGCACGAGGAAGAAGGACAGCAGCUCUAGCAGCGAAGAGUCGGACUCUGAAGAUGAGCAACCCGCCAAAGCUCCUGCAGCGAAAGCUGUCACAGCAGCCAAAGCAGCUGCUUCUGCUAAGAAGAAGCAGGAGAGCAGCAGUGAAGACAGCUCCUCUGACUCUGAGGAUGAACCACCAGCAAAGGCUCCUGCUAAAGCUGCAGCUCCAGUAAACAAAGCUGCAGCUCCUGCUGAGUCCAGCAGUGAAGACUCUUCAUCUGAAGAUGAAACUCCACCAAGCAAAAAACCCAAACCAGGACCGUACAGCGCCGUACCUCCGCCUGCCUCCAUCCAGAAGGCUCCUGCUGCAGCUGCUGCUAGCAAAGCCAAGGCCAGCGAGUCCUCAGAGAGCAGUGAUGACAGCAGUGAUGAAGAGGAGGAGAAGAAGAAGGUGGCUGUAAAACCUGCUCCUGCGAAGAAAACCGCCGCAAAACCUGCAGCGACCAAACCUGCAGCAAAGAAGCAAGAGUCCAGUUCAGAGAGCUCCGAUUCAAGCUCAGAUGAAGAAGAAGCCAAGAAGCCUGCGGCUAAAGCUACCCUGGCUAAAGCUACCCCGGCUAAAGCUACGCUGGCUAAAGCUACCCCGGCUAAAGCUACGCUGGCUAAAGCUACGCUGGCUAAAGCUACCCCGGCUAAAGCUACGCUGGCUAAAGCUACCCCGGCUAAAGCUACGCUGGCUAAAGCAGAGGACUCUGAGGAAGACUCAAGUUCAGAUGAGGAGGAAGAGGGGGUGAAGAAACCUGCAGCAAAGACGCCUCCUGCCAAACCUGCUGCUGUUAAAGCUGCUCCUACUAAAGCUGCUGCGCCCAUCACACCUGCUAAAAAGGAUUCCUCCUCUUCCUCAGAGGAUUCCAGCUCAGAGGAGGAACAGAAGGCGGUUAAAAAACCUGCAGUCAAAGCUCCACCUGCAAAAACCGCUGCAGCAAAGAAAGACGAGACCUCGAGCUCAGAAAGCAGCUCUGAAGAUGAGGCUCCAGCAAAGCCGCCCUCUAAGGCCGCGACCCCGAAGACCCAGACUGCUGCCUCUAAACCCCCCGCAAAGGCAGCAGAAACGAGCUCAGACUCGGAGGAUUCCUCUGAUGAAGAGGACGAACCCCCGAAAUCUAAGCCAGCUGCUAAGCCAGCUGCUAAACCAGCUGCCGCUGCCCCAAAACCCGCUGCAAAGCCUGCUGCAGCAGCAGACAGCAGCUCGGACUCCGACUCCUCCUCUGAAGAUGAUGAGCCGGCGAAGACCAAACCAACAGCCCCUAAGGUGGCAACGCCAGUUUCAAAAGCCUCAACUCCUGCAGCCAAACCUGCUGCAGCAGCAGAGAGCAGCUCAGACUCUGACUCGUCAGACGAAGAAGAAGAGCCGGCCAAGGCGAAGCCAGCGUCAAAACCUGCAACACCUGCAGCCAAGGCAGCUACCCCAGCCUCAAAGCCUGCAGGAAAACCUGCAGCAGAAAGCAGUUCUGACUCUGACUCUUCUUCUGAAGAUGAAGAACCAGCCAAGGCUAAACCAACAGCAACUAAAGCAUCUACCCCAGCCUCAAAGCCUGCAGCUAAAACUGCAGCUGGAGCAUCAAAGCCUGCAACACCUGCAGGAAAUCCUGCAGCAACCUCUGAAAGCAGCUCUGACUCUUCCUCUGAAGAUGAAGAACCAGCUAAACCCAAAGCUGCAGUGACCAAAGCAGCAACCCCAGCCUCAAAGCAUGCAGCCUCAAAGCCUGCGACUCCUGCAGCAAAAACUGGUAAAACAAAGAGCAGCUCUGAGUCUGACAGCUCAGAGUCAUCGGAGGAUGAAGCAGCCACCAAACCUGCUGCAGCUGGGAAGGCCACCAAACCUGCUGCAGCUGGGAAGGCCACCAAACCUGCUGCAGCUGGGAAGGCCACCAAACCACCUGCAGCUGGGAAGGCCACCAAACCUGCUGCAGUGAAAAAGGCAGAAGAGAGCAGCUCUGACUCUUCAGAUAGCUCCGACUCAGAAGAGGAGGCCCCUCCUGCUAAACCUGCAGCCACCAACGGCAAAGCAGCGACUCCUAAAGCUGCAGCUACAGUGGCGAAGGCAGCUGGUAAGCCUGCUGAGUCUUCAUCCAGUGACAGCAGCUCUGAGGAGGAAGCAGUCAGUAAAACGAGUCAAGUUAAAGCUCCUGCUGCCGCAGCAAAGAACAAGACGGUGGCGGCAGCCAAAGCCGAGGAGAGCAGCAGCUCCUCAGACAGCUCCUCAGAGGACGAAGCUCCGCGGAAAGCAGCCACGGCUCCUCCCACUCCCACAGCCAACAAUACAAAUGGAAAGAGGAAACGUGAUGAAGAGUCAUCAGAAAGUGAAGAGGCAGCUGGAAAGACGCCAAAAAAUAAGAAAGUAACGACCACACCGCAGACUUUCCCCAAAGCCAAUAAGAAGUCCUCCAACGUACCGUUCCGUAGAAUAGUUGAAGAACAUGUAGAAGUCGAUCCCCGACUGGCAGAUAACUCCUUUGAAGCUAAGAAUGGAGCCAACGGAGACUGGGGACAGAGAGCUAACGAGGCUCUCAAGUUUACCAAAGGAAAGUCAUUCCGCCACGAAAAGACGAAAAAGAAGAGAGGGAGCUACCGCGGCGGAGCCAUUUCCACCUCGGUCAACUCCAUCAAGUUUGACAGCGAUUGAUCUCUCCUAAUCCAGCUGUAGCCCAGCUGUGGGCUCAGGAAUCUGUUGUUUGGUCCCCCAACCCCCCGGAGACGGUCUGACAGCAUCACCUGAGCAACUGAGCCCAGCUGGCACUUAAUGUACUCAUCUACCUUUGGUCUUCUUUGAUCUGAUUCAAGGUGUGAUAUUACUUAUGGCCACUAGGUGGCUGCAGGCCACCAGUUGAUGGUACAAAGCUGAAGCUUAUGUUAACCUGUCCCUCCGUCUCAAACGAUUUGUGUCGUGUAACUUUCAUUCUAUAGGUUUAAUUGUGAGUUGUCUCUUGGUGAAUGACAGCCAUGUGACCCAUCAGGCUCAUUUUUUUUUUUUUUUUUUUUUUUUUUUUUUGUAAUGGAACUGAGGUAUUGUUAAAUUUAGACUUUGGAGCAGGGAGUGUUUGGGCUUUCCCCCUCCCUCUUACAAUCACAGUAAACAUUAAAAUUUUAUACUGUAUUUAUAGUAAAAUUUUAUUCCAUGUGGGAUUAUUAGAGCCACCCAUUUCUGCUCCAUACCUUUUCUAAUUGAACUUUUGUUUUGAUCCUGUUUGUUUUGAUCCUGUUUGUUUUGAUCCUGUUUGUUUUGAUGUGUGGAUGCUCAUGUUAACCCUCCACAUUCGUUAGUGAUGAUGAGUUAUUAGUAAAACUGAGAGCCAUCUUUUCAGUGUAAUGAGCUUCUAUGUUGUUGUUUUUUUAUUAUUCUAACUUUAAAUAAAAAUCUAACAUUAAAAUAUUUAUGUUAAGGGA